AAAAAAAUGAAAUGGCCUUUGUGUGUAAUAAAGGCCACUCCUGCAUUCGCACAAUAAAAGGGGUUCAUUCCUUCCAAGCUGUCAAGUUUGUUGGAACACUGAAAACACACCCUCUUCCUGUGAACUGGAAACCUGAAGGUUUGACUGUUGUCUCAAAAAACACCCUGGAAAUCUCAAAAGGAAACACAAUUCAUUUGGUAUGUAUGGAUUGUACAUUCACUGGCGGUCAACUUGUGUCUGUAUUGGAUAACCUGGAGUCACCACGUGCACUUUUCAUUUCUGAUACUGGUACACCAGAAACUCUUUUAGUAGCAGAUGGAAAAACCAUCAAAGCAAUCAAUUUAAAUACCAAAACAGUUGAAGUUGCAGCUAGAGGUUUCAAGCAAGCCUUUGAUGUUGCUUAGUCUACCAGUGGAUGCCUAGGAGUCACAGAUGUCCAAGCACACAAGGUUUUCACCCUCCAGAAAGAAGCAGAUGGAAAGUACAAAGUUCAGAGUACCAUAGGAACUGGAAAUGCAGGUUGCUCUGAUGGUCCAGCCUCCAAGGCACAGCUUUCUGAACCUACUGGGCUAAGCUUUGACUUUGAUUCAGUUAUUUUUUGGUGUUUUGGUGGUAGCAAGAAUGGCUACAUUAAAUUGUACAGUGCUGUUGACUUUGCCUGUAGGUUCAUGGAUGCCAUCCGACAAAUAUAUCACGCUAUUGGAUUUCUGCCAAAAAAAGAACAAAAUUAUUUAGCAAAAGUAGGAACAAAUCCAGCAGCACUUUUGUGGAAGGCACUGACCAACUUGCUGCCUCCCUUACUUACCUGGAGAGUCUGACAGUUGAGCGAAAAAAUAUCUUAAGGCAGCCCCUGCUGGCCCAGAGGGUAAUGUGUAUCAUGUUACUGUCCAGGGUGUAGCAGAAUCAGUCAAAUCUCUGCAGGGCCAUAUUCAGUCAUUUAAGCGGCUGGGAAUGCAGGACAUUUUAGCUCAUCUUAAUCUGUAUGCAUUUGUUAAUGAAGCUCGGAAAGAGCACGGAUUUGCUAAACGCAAACUGAAAGGGCAGUACAGGCACCCUACUCUGCAGCAGUAUGUUCACAGUAAAGGCAGCCAUGAGAUAGAACAAAUUUUAAAAAUCUGCAACUGCCCCCAUGAUUACCAUACUAACAAUUAUAGUGCCUACCAACCAACUCAUCAAUCAAGUUUGUCCUCUGUGAAAACUAUUGCCCAAUACAGGAAAUGCACAACUUUAUUUUCCAGCUUUUCAAGAUCUAAUGAAAGAACUUCAGGUCCAAAGAGGAGAAAACCCUCUGUUGCCUUCAGAAAUUGAUCGCGUCCAAGCAGGGGACUAUCUCUUUUUAGCAGGAGAUAUUGUUGCAAUUAAUCCUGGGACAGAGGAUAAGUGGUGGCUGGUUCAAGUCAACAAACCACAUCACUCGAGCAAGUAUAGGUCUGGAUGUCAUGUGUUUGGGUUUUGGCUUGCUGAGGAGGAUACUAUUGAUAUGUCUGUGUCAGGAAAAGAUUAUUCAUUGUUGACACAGUCCGUGAAAACCUAUUUUGGUACAAUUAUCAAAGAUAACAAUAAUGUUCCAUUGGUGAUUCCUGUGGACGAAUUGAAAUCUGGUUGGCAGAAUGGGCAGGUUGUCUAUGCUUUUACAGAAGAGUACUGUCGUACGCUGGAUUUUAUAUCGGACUCGUUGAGAAAAGGUCGGCAUGCAGCUGAUAAUAAUGAAGAGGAUGGUGCAUCUGAUCUGGAAGCCGAUGAGGAUGAUGGACAACCACCAGACAUCCAUGAGGUGGAACUCAUGGCAAUGCAACGAAGAAGGAGAGUAGUUCGUGAUGUGGAGGGACAGAUUUUUAGUUCUUACAGGGAUCUUUGA